AUGUUGGGAUUAGUUUUACUGAGUCACCAAGAAAUAGACAUAAAUAGUGCAGAUGAUCAAGAAGUAUAUGAGCAGAGAGAAGACCGUCAACAAGAAGAUGACGAUGUACAAGAUGAAGAAGGAAAAGAUGGUGAAGAAGAUGAGGGGGAAGAAACAGAUACCCGAACAGAAGAGGAUGAGCAAGAAACUGAUGGCAAUGGAGGUAACCCCAGCAAUAGCGACCUAGACAUCACUGGCAGUUCAUCUGAUGAUAUUAUGACAGAGGAUUCUUUGUCUUCUGACUCGUCAAUAAAUGAAAGCCUAAGCAAUGCAGAUGAAGAGGAUGAGCCAGAAAAUGAUAGCAAUGAAGCUUACCCCAGCGAUAGCGAUGUAGACAUCACUGGCAGUUCAUCUGAUGAUAUUCUGAGAGAGGAUUCUUUGCCUUCUGACUUCUCAAUGAAUGAAAGCCUAAGCAAUGGAGAUGAACAAGAAAGAGAUCACCGAGGAGAAGAUGUAUGUCAAGAAGAAGAAGAUGAUGCAGAAUAUAAUGGUGGAAAACAAGAUGACGAAGGUGGAAGAGGAGGAGCAGAAAAUGAAGAUUCAGAAAAUGAGCAAGAAGAUGGGUUUGAUAGUAAAGAAGAAGAUGAUAAGGAAGGUAAGCAAGAAUAUGAUUAUAGCAGUGAUGAUGACGGAGGAAAUACAGAAGAAACACAAAUGGAUACAGAAGAUGCUAUUGCAGAGGGAGGUAAGGAUGAGAAAGCAAGCGAGGCAGGGGAAGUAGGAAAAGUUGAAUCAGAGAUAAAUUUAAAGAGGGCAAGAAGUUUAGGGGGAAAACAAGAUCUGAAUUAUAUAUUGAACUCAGAAAGGCAGAGAACAUAUGAAGAAAAGGCUGACCAGGCACCGAAUGGAGACCAAUAA